AUGACUGAAGCUGUCACGUACCCCGAUGCAACCUUCAAGUUGCCUACGCCCUUCGUCAACUUGGGAAACUCCAGCGCGUACCCCAAAUGGAGUCCAAUCAACACCAAGGACCAAACCACCAGAGUGUUCAAGUUUGGCUUCUACACAACCGUUGGAGCUUAUGCUUGGUUAACUAUAUGGAAGAGAACUGCUUUCCUGUUGAAGAUGCCAUUGAGUGCCGUUGCAUUUGUAACCACCGCUGUGGGUGUUAGAAGUGGGUUGGCUAACAUUAGAGAACGGAAUGAUCCUUGGAAUAUCUUUUGGGGAUCUGUUGCUGGUUCUACUGCACUUGCUACUACUUCAUAUAGAAGCUUACCUGUUUCCACCAGAGCCUGGGCCACCUUUUUGUCUGCAUCCGUACUUGCUAUUGGUGAAGGUACGUGGUACGCACAAUCUGCAUCGAGUGCUGGUCAAGACGUAAAACAAGUCCUUGCUGACUCGGAAAGCGCUCUGGAAAAGCAACAAUUCUGGGACGUAUGGAGAAGAAGACCUUUGUCACAAACAGUUGAAGAGCUAGGUGUUGGUAGAGGUAUCUUCAAGCCAUGA